GAAGAACGAGAAAAGAAGAAGACGAAGAAGGAAAAGAAAGAGAAGGAGAAGAAAGGGAAGAAGGAGAAGGAGAAGAAGGUGACAAAAAAGAAGAAGGAGACAGAGAAGAAAAAGAAGAGGGACAAAAGGAAGAAGAAGAUGAGGAAGGAGAAAGACAAAAAAAAGCAGACAAAGAAGAAGGAGAAGAAGAUGAUAAAGAAGCAGAAGGAAACAAAGAAGAUGAGGAAGGAGAAGAAGGAAACAAAAGAGGAGACAAAGAAGGAGAUGAAGAAGAAGUAGAAUGAGAACAAGGAGAAGAAGAAGGAAACAAAGAAGAAAAAGGAAUAUAUGGGGGGUGGAGGAGAAGACGAAGAAGGAGACAAAGAAGAGGGAGAAGGAGGAAAGGAAGAAGAAUAUGAGGAGGAAGGAAACAAAAAGAGACAAAGAAGAAGGAGAAGAAGUGGACCGAGAAGAGGGAGAAGAAGAAAAAGCAGAAGGAGAAGGUGACCAAGGAGCCACAGACGUAGAGUGAGAAGAAUGAGAAAAACAAAAAGAUGGAGAAAAAGCUGAUGACGAAAAGAAAAAGAAGAACAAUAGGUAGAAGAAGGAGGAGAAGGAAAA